AUUGAGGUGCAUUCUGGGAGAGAGAGGAGUGAUUGACGUGGCGGCCAUUUUGCUGCUGGCCGCUCGGUUCCCAUUGUGUGUGUGAUAGUAAAUACUGACAGUGCCAGGCAAAGCUCUUGCACAUAUUUCACUGCGCCAAAUUAAACACGUUCGUUGCAGCAGAUUGAGGAAGCAUGGCCCGUACCAAGCAAACCGCCCGCAAAUCUACAGGAGGCAAAGCUCCUCGUAAGCAGCUGGCCACCAAAGCGGCCCGUAAGAGUGCUCCCUCUACUGGAGGAGUGAAGAAACCUCACCGCUACAGGCCCGGCACAGUGGCUCUGCGUGAGAUCCGUCGGUACCAGAAGUCCACCGAGCUCCUGAUCCGUAAGCUGCCCUUCCAGCGUCUGGUGAGAGAGAUCGCUCAGGACUUCAAAACGGAUCUGCGCUUCCAGAGUGCUGCCAUCGGAGCCCUGCAGGAGGCCAGCGAGGCCUACCUGGUGGGUCUCUUCGAGGACACCAACUUGUGUGCCAUCCAUGCCAAGCGCGUCACCAUCAUGCCCAAAGACAUCCAGCUGGCACGCCGUAUCCGCGGAGAGCGUGCCUAGACACUCAUCGUCCUGUUCCUUCCAUCCUUUCUGUCACUCUCUCUCGCGCUGUCUCUUUGUCUCUCUGUCUCUCUCUCUCUCUCUCCACUCGUCUCUCCCCUUCUUUCUUGGUAGAGUUUAGAAUAUCUGCGACGGGGAGGCCUAUGUGUUUCAGUCUAAUAGUGCUGUCUCACUGACGCGUAGGGUACCUGUAUGUGCAUGUAACAGACGCUUCUGAUCACUCACACACACACACACACACACACACACACACGUAUAAGAGUCGGAGCGUAAACGAGGUCCACCCUUGCCCAGCUUGGGGUUUGAACACACACACACACAGCAUGAGGGAAGGUGGGAUCUGGGGUUAGUCUGCUUAAGGGGAGCAGCAACUUCCACAGCAGGGUGCUACUAAAACUGCCCCAGACCACCUUCACUUACACCCCCCCCCCUUUUUUUUUUUUAACAUAUCCGCCCCCAGACACCUUAGAAACAUCUUCCCUUACCUGUCCUCACAUACAUCUGAAUACUUACACACCUCAGAAACCCUCUAUCCACCCUGUUGCCCUUUUAUCAAACCCACAUGUCUGCCCCUGCCCCCCAGCCCAAACUUGUGUGUGUGUUUGUGCGUGUGUAGGAUCAGCAAAGCAGAAAUCGUAUUCAACUGCAAACCAGCAUCCUAUUGGUUAUAAAGUUGUUACUUAUAAUAUUGAUGAUUACUAUUAUUGUUGAUGGUGUUUUUCCUUUUUUUCUUUUUUUUUCUAUGAUGCAUAGUCAUGAAUUGUUUUACCACUGUUAUGGGACAAAGGAAAAAAAAAAAAAGCAAAACUACAAAAAAUUUGAACGAAGAAUUCUCUUUUCGUGUUUUUUUUUCGUAUAAUUAUUAUUUUUAUUUGUACUAUUAUUAUUCUUAUUAUUAUUCUUAUUUUCCAUGUUGAUUGCCGAUCCUGCUCCUCCUGUUCUAACUUUCAGGCAGCCACAGGGGGGCGCUCUAAACCAGCCUCUCAUUCACUCUCACUGUUCUCCGCAGUCUCGAUUUCACUCUUUCCCCUUUUUUUGUCGUCCCCGUUUUUUUUUUUCCCCUCUUUCCCUUCCUCCACAGAUCGGCGUUUGUCAAAAGAAUUGUAGCAAGCAAAAAAUAAAUAAAAAUAAAAAAUCGUCACGUUUAGUUUUCGGAGUGUUUUGCUCUCUUCGUGUAGAUUCUCUCUCUCUCUCUCUCUCUCUCUCUCUCUCGUGAUACACACGUAUACCCUCAUGUUCCUGUUUUAUUUUUCUUAUUCAGAAAUUUAAAUGAGCUGAUCUUUGUAUUUUCCAAAUUUCUCAUACUAUGGUGGUAAUAAAUAGAUGUUACACAA